AUGCCUGAGUCUGCUGGGUCUGUGAUUGCGCUGGAAAACGAGUGGACGGAUGCGAAAAACGCCUGUAUUGAUUGGACGGAUCCAGAAGACGUUCUAUGCAAUGGCUGGACGUUUCUGCGCAUCAUGGGCUUUCACCCUGCCUUGUCCAAGUACGCGGACAUGCACAUGGAUGAAAAGGAGCGUUGGCGGGAAAUUUUUAUGGAUCCCUCCCGUACUGAAGAGCAGGAGAGAGCGCUGCAGUGGUGGAUUCAAAAUGAUUUGCUUUUCCUUCGUGAGGAGCGUUGGUGCAGGCACUGCAGAAGUCAAGGACACACUCGCCGGAAUUGUGAUCAGCUACGUCUGGGCGCGAGUACAACAGGUAGGGACGCCAACGAUACUGUUGGUGGACAUGGGCGUACAGGGCAAGGCCGCAUCAUGUCACGCUUCAUUGCCCACCAGGCGGAGAUUGAGCGGUGCAAGCUUUUACAGGAGAAGCAUUUGAAAGGGUCCUCUACAGGCUUUGUUAGAAGGAGAAAUGGCACUGAAGGGCCACAGCAGGGGCGCAGUGAUAAUAACCACUUUAUGCGACCCAAGCCAAAGAAGGAGCUUCUGCUCUUUACGGAGGAGCGACGUCACGGGGCCGUGGGACGUAUCGAUACGAAUUACGGCAUCGGCUUCAUACGGGUGCCUGAGGUUGGUGAUGUGAAGUUUUUCAUGGACCGCGUGGAUUAUGGCGUCAAGGAGAUUGCCGUCGGUGAUGCUGUGACACUAAAGAUUGACCACAGCCGAGAGUAUCCGCUUGCCGUUGAUAUUCGGCCUGAGAGGCCUAACAUCACGCUGGAGGAUGUGCAAAAGUUUCUUCAGCGCUGCAAGGUUGCAACACAACCCAUAAACGUCAUUAAGACAAUUAUGACGCAUACACAUGAGUGGCCUGUAGUUUUGGGUUUGGUGCGUGGUAUGCCAGCCUCCGCCUUCGUCGAUGCGGUGCAUACGCUUGUGGAACUCACUACCUUUGUUGGCAAUCGCGAACCUAUUCAUAUCCCGUUGCUUGAGUCGUUCCUCUGGUUGAUGCUGCGUGCUUCAAAAAAGGCGGAUGUUGCCCCGUUCGUCCCCACAAUGCUGCUUGACGCGCUCAUGAAGAGUAGGGAACUGAAACUCGAGGACGACAUGCCAAUGAUGGUGGAGCGGUGGGUAGAAGUGGUAAACCUUAUUCUGCUUCUUCGACACCACACGGAUGCCACCACCGACCUCAUUGGGGAGGUGGAGGCGACGCUGGUGUCUUUGCUGACAGAGAGUCACACUACUGCCUCUUCCUCCACCGGCGUAGCAACAAAAGCAGCGACGUCAGGAGGAGGAGUUGGUGGCAGUGGUGUGGAAGCAGUAGUAGUAGCAGCCAAAAAGAAGAAGAUAGAAGCCGCUCUACGGCGCUUGCAGUGCCAGCGGUGGGAGAAGGUGGCAACUCUUCUCAUUCCCAUCGCUGACGAGUUUGCCGUUCCUCCACCUGACCCUCACUCCAUUUUCACUCCCAAUAAUCUCCCUGUGAAUGGUGCCACGGAGUACCACUCUACAGAGACCUUUAUCACAGAUCAGUGCCGCCUCCUACGCGCUGACACUUUUGAGUCGGUGAGUCGCCUUCUUCCUGCGGUAAGCUAUGAACUUCCUCACUAUAAGCCGACAGCUGAAACUAUGGCGGAGGUUCCAUAUGCGCGGGUUUUUGACAGAGUUCGCUUCAUGGGUCGUGUGUUAACACGAGACAAGGAUUACGCCUCACCUGACAGCUACAUAUUACAUGUACAACCGAAAAGUGCAAUGGCAGACGUUUCCUCACAACUUCUUCCCGGUAUAACUGUGUGUAUUACGACGGGUCUCGACCGUAGUGUUAUUUCCGCAGAGGAAAUAUUUUGGGGUAUUGUGACCUCGUGCAACGCACAAUUUCUGGCUGGAGGCUUGAUUGUUGUGGCACCCUGUGAGUCGAGUGUACGCUUUGAUACUUUAAUUGAAAAUCUGAGGCGCAAUGAACGACUUGGCAAAACCGAUCACUCCUGCAUAUUGACAACAUCCAUCUUCAUGAUAGGGUACAAAAGUAUCAUGAAGGCGUUGGGCGCCUUUCUUGGUCCGCUUGCAAUGCCUCUUCCUUUAGCAUCCACACUAGUGAGUGUGGAGGCCGCCGCAAACCCGCUUGUGUCAGUAAAAGGGAACCUCAAGAACCCGAGGGAUCUUGUUUCUUAUGUACCGCCCCACUGUGAGUCCUCCUUCUUUGAACUGAUUGACACGGUUAAUGAUCGCUUUACGCUUGAUGCGGGUCAGAAGGAGGUGAUGCGCUGCCUUCCCACAUCAGGUAUUCUGCUGGUGCAGGGACCUCCUGGCACAGGCAAGUCCUUUAUUGGAUGUCGUGUGGUGGAGGUAUACAUUCGCUACAAGCAACUGGUGGCGUCGGGAGAUAUCCUUCGCUCCAUUGAUGUGGAUCAGCUUCGCUCUACAGCUGUGGAGGAGAUGUUACCCAAAGUUGGGCCCAUUGUUAUCAUCACAUACAAGAACCACGCUCUUGAUGAAUUUCUCGCUGACUUGUUGCGGAGUGGAUUGUGGGACGAUGAGAGACCUCGCAUUAUGCAACAGCUGAUUGGGGGAUCUUCUGGGAGCCUUUCCGAACUUUUUCCACGUGGCAAGCGUGUUGUGCGUAUUGGUGGUCGUUCCCGCGAAUCGAUGCUUGAUGCCUACAAUCUUGGCACCUUACUCCGGACGAAGACUGAAAAGGCGGCUCUUAACAGCCUUAAGGAGCGUUUGUUUCUCAUGAAUCAGCGACUAGAACGCCUACUUAAGGAAAUUCACUACUUGGAAUCCGGGCGAGUGCCCAAGUCCCUUUUUGAGAGGUGGCUAACCGAAGAGCAGCGGAAGUCGUUGCGCUACGAGGACCGCGACGAGUGGCUUCAGGGGAAGCAGUACAUCGGCACCUCCACCCGCACUGCAGAGCGGACGUUGUUUCUUGACCUCCUUCGAACGCAGCUGUCCGCAUGUUUGGAGGAGGCGCAAAAGCGUCCCACGGCGGCCGCUGAGUCUUCGGGGACCACCGAAGCAGACGAAGAUGGCGGCGGACCGCUUAGCGUCUUUCAGGAGAUGCGGCGGGAAGAGGAGAAUUGUGAUUUUAACGACGCACUCCCCACAAUGUACCUCUCAGCUGAGGCGAUGGAGUUGGCAAAGCAUCCACCCAAGUCCCCUGAAGGUGUACCAGAGGAACUACUUUCACUGUGGAGUCUUGACCCUGUACUCCGUCACGAGUAUUAUGCCUUUCUUAUACGUGACUGCAUCUCCGCCAAGGCACGGGACUGUCAGUUGAUUAUGGAUGCCAUCAUGAAUCUUGUGACGAUACGUAACCAUGCAAUGGAUGAGGUUAAGUUGGCGUUGCUUCAGGGGGCAGACGUGGUUGGCCUCACCACCACUGGUUGUGCUAAAAACCAAAAUUUGCUACGCUCACUACGUCCGAGUGUUCUGGUGGUGGAAGAGGCUGCCGAGGUUCUCGAGUCGCAGCUGCUUGCAUGUAUGACCGAUUCUCUGCAGCAGAUUGUGCUGAUUGGGGAUCACUACCAACUGCAGCCUAAGGUUGAGACAUUUAUGUAUGAGAAAGUGAAUAAGCUUAAUAUGUCCCUUUUCGAACGCCUCGCGAGACGCAUUAAACCCAUUUGCCUGACGGAGCAACGACGCAUGCACCCGCUCAUCUCACGGCUGGUGCGGCCAUUUUACGACACGCAAUCCCUGCUGGACAAUGCAGGUCUCCUCACCCGACCCUUCAUCUCGGCUACGGGUAUGAAGUACAUUGACUGCCUACCUGGCCUGGCAAAGCGUGUGUUUUUCUGGCGUCACAGACACCCAGAAGAGGAGCCGUCGGGCAGCCGCAGCAAGGUCAACAUUAAGGAGGUGGAAAUGGUGCUCAAGCUUGUGACGCACUUAACAUCGGAGGGGGUGCAUCAGAAGUCUAUAACAGUUAUAACUCCUUACCUCGGCCAGUGUCGGAUGCUACGCACCUCAUUGCGCUUACGCGCCCUUAGCGAGGUUGCCGUAAGUACGGUGGACCUCUAUCAGGGGGAUGAGAACGACGUUGUGAUUCUCUCCUUGGUGCGAACGGAACGUCUGACUGAAUUUCUGCGGAUGCGAAAUCGCAUGAUCGUCUCCUGCAGUCGUGCACGGUUUGCGAUGGUCAUGGUUGGUAGCGACGCGCUGCUGCAGCACUCGCAGCAUUGGAAACAAGUUCUGGACAUGCUGCAGCACGAUAAUUGUGUGGGUGAUCGACUACCCAUCACACACCGUGCAUCUCCUGAAGAAAUCGUCUGGAUGGAUGCCUAA